AAUGUAGACAUCAAAAUUUUAAUGCUUACACAGUAUUUUCAAUGUUCAUGCAAAAUUUUCGAUGUUGAUACUGACAACUACGAAUACACAAUUUUCCUGUAUAAACAAUGUUAUCAAAAUGAAAGAACGUAUGAAUU